UGGCUCGCCUGAGAAGGCGGAGGCCAAUCGAUCCCAAGCACCCUUGCGGUCAAAAAAACCGACGAAGAAGAAUUAACUUCCGGAGAAGGAUGAAUCCUCGGUUGACUACGCGGGUCAGUUAGCCGUGUCCUGAGACGUUUCCCACCUUGGAGAAAACGUCCUCAAAAAUCUCUGCUUAUUCGUGGAGUUAACUUCACAAACACAGGAGCUCGAGUCAAGAGCAAGCUAGCGCUAACAUCACAGCCGCACCAAUGAUGGAGCAAGUUCCGGCCGUUGUGACGGAAGACGUCCGGCCGGAGGAAGAGUCCACAGUCAUGGAUGUCGCGCCGUGCACCCCCACGGAUGGGACAUCGGCAAACAGCGAUGCGCCGCCACGCGAGGACACAGCGGACAGCAAGUGUCCAGUCUCGGUUCAAGAGUUUGGGCUAUUCUGCCAAGAUUGCGGAGAAGCCUUUGGUGAGGAGGCAGCCUACUUGGACCAUCGCAACCAGCACCCCGAUGGAAAGUGCGCAAUGUAUUUGGAGCCGAUGGACUAUUCAGAUGAGGCUGACGAAGAUGAGGAAAGUACUAGUUCCUGUCAGUUAUGCACGUUGUCAUUUGUUGAUAUGAACGAAUUCCGAUCCCACAUGGAAACCCACCGUGUUCAAUCGUCUGGCACCCAGGAGAUUUCUGGGUUCACAAAGCAGAACUCCUUUGAAUGCUCUGAUUGUGGGAAGAGAUAUUCCAUGUUAGGACACUUUCUCAAUCAUCAGCGCACCCACAUUCAGGCUUCCAAAUCUCUAUUUAGUGACUUGGAGGAUUUAAAGAAAAAGUCCUUUCAGUGUGAGACUUGUGGGCGGAAUUAUUCUCGUGCAUCUGCCCUUGACGCCCACCGACGUGGCCAUGAAGAAAAGUUAUUUAAACGCCGAUACAAGACUUCAAGACACAUGACUACUACUGAUGAGUCGACACUCAAGCUAAUUGGAAAGCAGACUUAUGGUACUCCUGAGAAGCUUUUCAAAUGCGCUUGUGGAAAAACCUUUCCUAGUAUGGUGCGUUUGAAGACACACCAGCGAUUCAGCCACAAUAGCGAAUGCUUUCCACAAGAAGCGACAGGAAAGCUGAGGAAAAAUGUUUUUUACUGUCGAGAAUGCAGGAAGGUAUUCCAUGGCCAUCUUGCCUGGUUCAACCAUGAGAAAUGGCAUGAAAACCAUUCGAAAGAUUCUCCGAACAGAUUUCCAUGUGAGUCCUGUGGAAAAGUGUUCAUGACUCAAACCUUCUAUUACAGACAUAACCGCAUGGUGCACAGUGGUGAGACUCCAGCAAAGUCUUUUCUCCAUCAAGUGGGCCAACUGCAGAAGAAAGGAUUUGAAUGUACCGACUGUGGCCUAAAGUUCUCCAGACCAUCAGCGCUUCACUCUCAUCAGCUUCAACACACCAGUGCCUUUGGAGAAACCGAGAAAGUGUCCCAGGCGCAUUCUUCUCUGCUACAUCAGGAAACUUGGGACGGAGAACUGAAAGGCACUCAGCAGUUAAGUCAUCACGUCCUGGCAGAGAAUGUGCUUGCUGACAUUAGGUCUGAAGAUGACCCACAUGUUAAUGAGCCUGAUGAAGAUGUUAUGGAGAGUUAUGAACCUGGGGACUUCAAUGUCCUGGUGAUUAGUGCAAGUGAAUCAGAGGACGAGGCCGUCCAAGAUAUGAACCCUCACCUUGAAUCAGGAUCCGCAUCCGACCAGGAGGGCCGAGACAACGUUUCAGCCAGUAAUCUGGUUUCAAAACCAGAGCUUGACUUGAAAAUUGUACAAGUUGACUUUGAGCCCGCCAAGGGACAGCGCUCACCAGCAGCGGAAGCAGCUGAAGACAACGCAACCAAAGAACGAUUUGAUUGUCCAGAAUGUUACCGGUGGUUUACUAGUGCGGCAUCACUGCGGGCUCACAUAGUGUGGCACAACUUUCGUAAGAGGAGACGUCAGACUAAAGGUCAGUCAGUGGAAGUUUACACUUGUGACAAUGAAGCCCAUACCUUUGCAGCAGGUCAUUUUACAGAAUAUGAGAAUGAAACUAACCAAGAAUUAAACCAGGCAGAACUAUUAAAGCAGAAAACUGUGACAUGUGACAUAUGUGGUACACAUUUUUCACAUUUGCCCAAUCAACGCGAUGAACUUUCACUGUGCCGUAAUUGUGAGACAUCUAGCUUGUUAAACCACAUGAGCAACCGCUCUAUACAGAGGAAAGAGAGCAUUUCGGCUACUACAAAAGUAUACAAUCCAAAGAAAACUCUUCUUGGGCCCAAGAUUUACCACUGCGAGCAGUGUGGGAAAGGUUUUUGGUCUUUAGGAGCUUACUUGCAUCAUAAGCAAAGUCCGAGUCAGUGUAUAGAUGUGAGGCUUAGAACCGGUCGUGCACAGCCUGCGCACCGUGGACGUUCUUGCUCCAGCAUGAAGGUUGCGUGUCCUGUUUGUGGUAGAAAGUUCCGACACAAGGGAAUCAUGACGUUGCACAUGCGCACGCAUGAAAAUGGAAAUCACAAGUGUGAAAUCUGCAACAGAGCUUUUCGCCUUUUUUCCAGUCUGAUCAGACACCAGGUUGUGCAUAAUGAACUCCUGCCACCACCUUGUAAAUCUUUUCAGCAUCAGGUAGAGCAGCUACAAAAGAAUACGUACAGCUGCCCCGACUGCGGGAAGCUGUUUUCCCGGGCCAAAGCACUUCAGUUUCAUAUGAGGUAUCACGGAAAUGAGAGUGGGCAUUCGCCAUCACCACCCAGGUCUUCUGUUAGGCACGAGGACUUUCAGUGUGCCACGUGUCUCAAGCAUUUCAGCAACAGGGCCUCCUUGCGGACGCACAAAAAGCUGUGCAUUACAAAAGAACGUAUAUUGCUUGGUAAGACAGGUACCCUAAAUAAUAAUGAGACAGGGAAAUUGUCUAAGGUGAACUUGCAAGACAGCGCGGUGAAGUUACCACAUAAAGUUAAGAAUGAAAUGGAGGAGGUAGGCAUGGAAAGUCCAAAUACAAACCCCAGUGAGUUCAAAUACAAGUGUAACAAGUGUGAAAGAAGCUUUUCAGUUAUUGGUGCUUUGAACUUGCAUAAAAGAAUUCAUGCUAAGGGUUACAAAAAAGUAGCAAAAGCAACCUUGUCCUCAGCACCUAGCGAGGAAGAGUUAAGGAAAGAUUAUCCAUUUCCCUGCUCAGAAUGCGGGAAGCGAUUUUUGUCCAACUCUGCCCUCGGCUCUCACAAACGAUGGCAUAAAAAUGACAAACGGCCCAAUCUUAAAGAACAGGUUUCCGACCACCAAAGGUCCACACUGCAGCCUCAACCUGACAUUAAACCUAAGACUCACCAAGGUUACCAAGCAUAUGAGCAAGGCUCUCUUUUAGCUGAGCAAAGCAACACUCUGGAAACUAGAGAUACUCAGACAGGUGACACCUCGCUCAAUGUGAACCGGGUCAUGAACGAUGGGGGUGAAACCGUCUCGACGACGACGAUUGCAAAAAAUUACCAGUGUCCCCUCUGCUUGGCGAGCUUUUCCAAAGCCAGGGGCCUUCGUGCCCACACAUGGCAAGCCCACUCAAAGAGUACAGAAAACAAAGCAAAGCGGGUCUUUGAUGCUCAAAACACAAGCUGUGAAAUAACGAGUGAAAGUAUUUCACCAAAAAUAAGCAACCCCCCUGUAAGCAAAUUUGACGCUUCUCCUUUGGUUGUCACAAACCAUGAGUGUGGACUUCACUGUGAAUCUGCUGCCACAGUUCCUGACCAUAAAUUAUGUCCAGCAUCUGAACUGGGUGUCCAGGCUCCUGAGGCCUUAGCUGAGGUCUUGCCGCCUUACAGUCGCCUAUCAGAGCAGAUCGUCAAAUGUCUCUUCAAGUGUGGGAAGUGCGGCAAAGACUUCCAGACUGAGGGGCAGUUAGAGACUCACAAGACCAAGGCAAAGAGCAGGCCUUUUUGCUGCGCCCUGUGCUGCAAUGCCUUUUUAACUGAGAAUCAGCUGCAGCAACACCUCGCCUGGCACGAUCAGAUCCGAUAUCGGCUCCCGAACGAGGUUCGCUUUCGCCUCAGUGCUGCUUUGACCCCAAAGUCUGUCAAACUCACAGGGAACGUACCAAGCCAACAUGCUUUGAAGCAAGAGAGCCAGUCAGUCAGUAGCAGCGAAGCCUUUCUUUCAUCAUCCGCGUUGCAAAACCACAAAUGUUGGCGUUGUAAAAGUGCCGUGUGUGAUUGCGCUGACCCUUCCGUGACCGCCGAUGACUUCAGGUCCCUUUCUAAACAUGACCAGGCAUCUCUUGGUGAUUGCGAUAGCCCUGCAGCUGUUUGGUCAGGAGCUAGAGAUUCCCUUACUUGUCUUGAAUGUGGAGCUACUUUUAGUCAGGAAACUGAUUUGCACCAGCACUAUACCAAACAUGCACAAAGCAUGUAUUAAAGCAUUUGUUUACAUGUAAAGCUUGAGAGACUUUUGCUAUUUGUUUGGUCGAGGAGAUCCCUUUGUAUGUCACUAUACUAGAUUAUGUGUCAAUUCUCCGCUUCCCAGGCUUUCCUGUUUACACCGGAUUAGUAAUGUAUAAAUGUUACCAAUGCCACCUUGUGUGACACUUUAAAACCUUCCACAUACUCAACAUUUUGGUGUCAAGGAAGCACGCCCACUACUAUAAAUUAAAGUUGGAGCUAAUAGUUGUAUCUAUUUUUCUGUCAUUUAAAAUAUUGAAACCUUCUCAAAUGCCAUAUUGGCAGAGCAAACCCAUUGUAUGCACUGUUCAUUAAAGAAACAAAAAAAGCCUGACAUAGUGCACUAAUAUUGUCAGUCUAAAUGUACAUUAUGUACAGAUUGUUUUGCAUGAGUUGACUACUAAGCCCCACCCAUUUCCAUUGUUUAUUUCUAUAUUGUGGAAAAGCUAUUUAUUGAUCAAAUGAAUAUGUGGUACUUGUAUUCAUUCGGGAUGGUUCUUGAUUACUUUACCGCUUAUUUGGGGGAAAGAUCUGUGGAGUAAGUAUGAAUGAAGCUAGUUUUCCUUAGGGUGAUCAUAUGCCUACAUGUUUACAUGCUGUUUCUGAAGCUAAAAUAAAGGGAAAUAUUGUAGUCUGAA